AUGCUGUUUCACGCGCCGGAAGGGACCGCACCUGAGAUAUCGUAUCCGACGCACACACUCGCCAUCGACGGUACCAACAGCACCACGUACAGUCUCAGUGCAGCGGAGCUCGUUGGAGACAGUGCCGGGACCGAGGUCGAGCUCCCAGAGUCUGAGGCGGAGAUGCGCAUGUCCUUCGAGGGAUCUGUCCCAAGCUCCAUGCUGCACAGCCACUUCAUCUAUGAAUGCAAAUGGGAGAGACCAUAUGUUUCCCGCCCUUCUCGCACCGAGAUGCUCGAAAACCCCUCGGUGCUAGCCAAAUUGAAGGCUUCUGGCAAGCCCUCGAUCGAAGUUCCUGAAGAGUUCAAAAAGAAGGAGGGCACUGCGAAUCGCAUCCUGGAAGCGAAAGAAAAGGAAAGAGAGGUGAAGGAUAAGGGGAAAGGGAAAGAGAGAGAGCCAAAGAAGGCCAGGAGGUCGUCGAGGUCUUCUUCAGACUCAGAGUCCGAUUCGGAUUCUUCACGUAGUUCGAGUUCAGACUCGGACUCUGAUUCGAGUGGUUCAGAGUCGGAUUCCGAUCGGUCGAGAGAACGCAAUUCUAGGCGACGAGUGCCUAGAAGACGCGCAUCUAGUGCUCGCUCUCGGUCAAGGUCCCACUGAGUCCAGAGCUUUUCCCCAGUUAUAUUGGUCGUAUCGUCCGAAAGUCGGUUGCACCAAAAGCUAUGUACUUGAUAAUU